CCCCUGCGGCGCCCGGAGGAGCGCCGAGCUGACUGACCGGUGGACCGGAUCCGAUCGACUGCACGAGGCGGAAGGUGCCGCUCGAGGCUGAGGAGACCGACGGGAGGGUGCCGUCCGCGAGCUGUGCCCUCGUAGGGCAGACAGUGCCCGCGGCUUCCGACCUUCGCCUGCCCUAGGAGCCGCUGUGGGCACGCGUGCCUGAGGGCUCGCGGGCUGUGGGCACGGCCGUUGUCGCAGAAUGCAGCGCACGCUGUGCUUUUCCUGGAGAGAGCGGCAUCUGGGGAGUCGCCCACGUUUUGAAAUUAUAGCGACGCCACAAGUAACACCAGCUCUUUUGACUGCAAGUUACAGGGAUCUCCUCCAGGGAGCGUGGGCGGGCGCUGGGCCUCCUGCUCCCCCUGCCCCUUCGUCUCCCCGUCUCUGAGCAAGGCCAGGCCCCUGUCUCUGGGAGGAAGGUGACACCCUUGCCCUCCUCUCUGAGUCUCACACCGAUGCUGGGGAGCGGGCACGAGAGGCAGCCUGGCACGGUGUUUAACAGGACUGCACUUAGGGGCAGCCUCAGUUUCCCCCAAGCGGGGAUGAUGACGGACCCGUCGGGGGAGGGCUGCAGUGGCCGGUUUGGAGGGCGCCGCUGAGACGGCCGGCAGGGAUCUGUCUGUACCGGGCCCAGGUCUGGGCCCUGGGCGCUUGUCCCAAAGGCCAGGGGUCCGGCAGUGCUCUCGGCACAAUCUUCGGGAAGGCCCAGUGGUGCUGGCGAAGAGGAUGGGGAGCAGCGGCCGCCGUCCUCCCAGGAGGCUCCUCCCACUCAGUCCCACACUUGCGUGCAGCUGGCCUGGGCAUAGGGCUAGGGACUGGAAAGAGUCGCCCAGAUCUUUCACUUGACGUUUCAGGGAGACUUGGGGGCAGGUCUGUGGACAGAGGCAGAAGCUGGCCUGCUUAGCGUCCCCUCGGCCUGGGUGGCGUAGUAGCCACUCCAUGGAGCUGGCCUGGCCUUCCUGGCUUAGCUGGGGGGCAAGUCUUCAGCUCUGGCGGGCACUUCGGGUAUUGGGGCUGGGAGGAGAAGGCUGAGUGAAACUUGGUGACGGCAGCGGGCAGGUUCGGGGGCUGGGGGCAUGACAGCUCAGGGCUCGUACUGGGGGGCCAUGUCCUGGGCCCUGGGCUGCAAUGGGUCCCAGGACUCCCUGAGGCUGCCUUGGGCACCUCCUUUCUCUCAGAGGAGGUAGUCAGGCUGCUCAGGGCCCCAUGGAGACGGUUUCCAGGUGGCCCCCAGCAAGACGUGCCGCUUAAAGAGGCCGGAGAGAGCCUGGGGCCUCGGGAGGGUGGCCCAGCAGAGUUGGGCUGAGGACCUGUGUGUGCGGCCCCGGGUGUAGGGGGCCGUCAGGGGCCAGGUGUGCAGCCUCAGCCCUGUGUCCUGUCCUCAAACUGGAGCCAGGGCAGGGCGGUGGGCGCAGGUGGGGGCAGCAAGGCUCUCCAGGUCCUGCUCUGUGGUGAAUGUCACAGACGCCUUCAGAAUGAGAAAACGAGAGAAUGAAUGUGCUCAAUUUGAGGAGCUGGUCAUUGCUUUAGGUUGUUUUCUGUAGAACAUGGUCACCGGGUCCCUUUCCUCCUAUAAAAGGGUGGGGUGGAUGGCAUCUCCCAAAUCUCAUUAAACUUAAUCAAGUCAGGCAGUGGCUCUGAUGCUGGUGCCCAUCGUGGAGCAGCAGGGCAGGUUCCAGGGCCCUGCGAGCCCGGUCUGCCGGGAGCCUUGGCCCGCAGUGGGACAGCUAGGGGCGGCCUGCUCUGUGGGUCCUCCCCCUCCCGCGGCUGGAGACUGGCCGGCAGAGGGCAGUCUGCGCCCCUCCUUGGCCUUCAUCUGUUGGGGUCAGCUUCCUAGGUAGCUCCCGAGACUGAUGGCAGGGUGUCAGUCCCACUUCGCAGCCUGUGUUUGGGGGUUCUAGCUCUCUGGCAGGGAGGGGCAUGAGGGGAGCUGUGAGAGGCCAGCAGGGAAGGAGAGUCUGGCAGAGGGUUUGAGAGCUCAGCCACCCCCCAGGUGUGCUCUGGAAGCUGGCGGGGUGCGUGCAGGAUCUGGACCCCUGCCUGUCUCCGUCCAGGGAAGCUGUGCCCAGAGGGCAAAGGCGGGGCUUGGGGCCUGGGCAGGGAGUCUGGACAGAGUGUCUGCCCUGACCCCAGCAGUCUGCAGUGGUGGCCAGCCGGGGACAGCCUUCCUGGUGCGGGAGUGUUGUUGGGAACAUUCUUUCCUGGGCCUUGCUGGUCCGCAAGCCCACUCACUCCCAGGAAUCCUCCAAGGCCAGGCACUCACUGAGAGCCCCGAAUACGAGCCUGGACAGAGGCUGGGUCAGUGUCUGCGUGACCACAAGGCCCGGCCUGGCGAGAGUGGGGACUCCUGCUGAGCUGUGGGCGAGCACCUUCUGGGCGGAAUACAGCCAGGGCCUCCUGAGGCGUGUCCUGUGACCAUGCCACCGAGCACACCAGGGGCUCUGGGCUGGACAGGUCAUAGUGGGUUCCAUGGGGCCAUGCCCCAGCCAAGCUGUCUGCCUGUCCCAACAGAUCCAAGCCAGGCCGGCCACCUAGGCCUGCGUCACACGUUCAGACCUUUAUUACAGCCCAGGGCGACUGGGCAUUGACUAGCCGGGUCAGGAAGCCCAGGGAGGAAGAGGCCCAGAUGCUGAGUGGCCAACAGGAGCCGCCUGGUCACCCACCCAGGGCUCCUCCGCAGGGCACGGCCUCCCGAAGACAUUGCCAGGCUCAGUGCACUCCGGGUCUGGCCGCAGAGCCUCAGCUCCACCAGGUCUGGGAGCUCAGGGCUCCGAGCACACACACGCCCUGUCCUGGCCUCUCCUGAGCCCGCCCUCCAGCCGCACCCCCUCAUUAGGCUGAGACAGUGACCCUGGAAGACACACGGGAGGAGGGAGGGGAAGGGAAGGCCCCGUCAUGGCUGCUCCCAGGCCCCUGCCAGGCUCCUGAGGCCUGGAGGGUGCGGCGCUUCUAGGACAGCAGGGCCCUCUGCCCGUCACCCUGCCCUCCCUUCCCUUUCGGCACGGUGUCAGGGAGCUGAGGCUCUGUCGUCAGGGUGGCCAGCCGCUCCCCCAGGCUGUGCGCCUUGACCCUGGGAGGGGCCCUGCCUGUGCUGCCGGGGCUCCAGGGACGCAGGCUCAGUUGCCCUCCCACGCUGUGUGUUUCUGCCUGGGUCUGGGCACCGCCUGGAGCCUCCUGACACAGCCUUGCUAGGGGCAGAGUGCACCGAGCCUCUGCGAGGGCAUGCCCUGGAGGGCGCCAGUCCAGACAGCUGCCCCACCCCUCCGGCCCAGCCCGGCCCCCUUGCUCCCCUAUCUGGUGCCCCGAGCAGCCCCCCUGGUCGGCAGCCCCCGCCAUGGCCGAGCACCUGGAGCUCCUGGCAGAGAUGCCCAUGGUGGGCAGAAUGAGCACACAGGAGCGGCUGAAGCACGCCCAGAAGCGCCGUGCCCAGCAGGUGAAGAUGUGGGCCCAGGCUGAGAAGGAAGCCCAGGGCAGGAAAGGCCACAGGCAGCGGCCGAGGAGGGAGGCGGCCGUCAGCGGGCCGCAGAAGCGGGUCCUCUUCCCUGCCAGCGUCACCCUUCUAGAGGCUGCCGCCCGAAAUGACCUGGAGGAGGUCCGCCAGUUCCUCGAGAGCGGAGUCAGCCCUGACCUGGCCAAUGAGGAUGGCCUGACCGCUCUGCACCAGGUCAGCCGAGUGGGGGUUGGGGGAGGGUACGGGCCGGAGCUGGUGCUCAGGCUGCCGCGUUUGCAGAGCUGCAUCGAUGACUUCCGGGAGAUGGUGCAGCAACUCCUGGAGGCCGGGGCCAAUGUCAACGCCCGCGACAGCGAGUGCUGGACACCCCUGCAUGCCGCAGCCACCUGUGGCCACCUGCACCUGGUGGAGCUGCUCAUUGCCCGUGGCGCUGACCUCUUGGCUGUCAACACUGACGGGAACAUGCCCUACGACUUGUGUGAGGAUGAACAGACGCUGGACUGCCUUGAGACAGCCAUGGCCAGCCGUGGCAUCACCCAGGACAGCAUUGAGGGGGCCCGGGCUUUGCCGGAGCUGCACAUGCUAGAGGGCAUCCAGAGCCUGCUGAGGUUGGGGGCUGACCUCGACGCUCCUGGGGACCAUGGGGCCACACUGCUGCACGUCGCAGCUGCCAGCGGGUUCAGCGAGGCUGCUGCCCUAUUGCUGGAACACCAGGCCAGCCUGAGCGCCAAGGACUGCGACGGCUGGGAGCCGCUGCACGCUGCCGCCUACUGGGGACAGGUGCAUCUGGUGGAGCUGCUAGUGGCACAUGGGGCCGAUCUCAAUGGGAAGUCCCUGAUGGAUGAGACGCCUCUUGACGUGUGCGGGGAUGAGGAGGUCCGGGCCAAACUGCUGGAGCUGAAGCACAAGCACGAUGCGCUCCUGCGUGCCCGAGGUCGCCAGCGCGCUCUGCUGCGCCGCCGCACCUCCAGUGCCGGCAGCCGUGGGAAGGUGGUGAGGCGGGUGAGCCUGACCGAGCGCACCAGCCUAUACCGCAAGGAGCACGCCCAAGAGGCCAUCGUGUGGCAGCAGCCGCCUCCUGGCAGCCCGGAACCACCUGAGGAGGAUGAGGACCGCCAGACAGACUCGGAGCUCAGGCCCCCACCCUCCCAAGAGGACCCCGAGGCAUCCAAGGCACACAAUGGCCGAGCAGGCAGCCCUGCUGGUCGUCACCUGUACUCCAAGAGGCUGGACCGGAGUGUCUCCUACCAGCUGGGCCCCCUGGAGGGCACAGCCACUGACGCCCUGGCCCGUGCCAAGGCCCACCACACCCUGGCAGAGCUCAAGCGCCAGCGGGCCGCUGCUAAGCUACAGCGUCCCGUAUCCGAGGGGCCAGAGGCCCCAGAGUCCUGCCUGCCUUCAGACCCCGAGACCCCCCAGCCUGAGCAUGGCUCCAGGCCUGAUGCGGACCCGCCCCUGCUCAAGCUCACGGCCCCCAUGGAGGAGGCCCCCGUGGAGAAGAAGCCAUGCUGCAUGCUUAUGUGAGGGGCUGGGGCUCAAGGUGGCAACAGUCCUGCCUUAGGGCUCCUGCCUCAGAGACCUUGCUGUGCCCCUGUGAGCGGGCAGCCCGUGAGGGGCCUCUCUGGCUCCCCCCAUCUGGGAUCCCGUCUCCUUACCCACGAACAGACCUGAGGCAGAAGCCACAUCUGGGGGGACCCAACUGCAGAGACCUCAUUUCAUCCUGUGAUUCUUGAUAAAGGGCUGUUCUGCCA